AUGCCGUCCCUCGCCUCCAACAGUACGCUGUCAAAGAAGCGCCGCUUCCAACCACCCAUCACGGGAUACUUUACGACCGCUUCUCAGCCAGUGCCUAAUGAGACACCUACCGUUUCACACCACCACCAUUACUCCGCCGCAACCUUCUCUGCCACACCUGUCGUCCCAGCCAAAGUGCAAUCCUCUCUCCUAUCCGUAGGAAUGCGGGUCCGGAAGUCCGUUGCAGACGGAUAUAGAACCCACAUGGCAAUGUCUGAAGAGAAGGUCCCACAUCAUGCAGGUGUCGCUCAGACCCCGGUUGCUGCUCCUUACGGUAACAGCGAGCUUGCUCCUUUCUCCGGCUCUACCAAGCGCCCAUUCGACCACGAUGAAUACCUUGUCAAUGAUGAGGGAGAUGCCUAUUCGAUUCCGUCGAGUAGUCAGGAGUCUACAUCUUCCUUUACUGGAGCUUUGGGAGGUCAAAAGAGAACUUUGGGUUUCGAUAGUGAUAUGCUUGACGACGAGCAUUAUUGUCCGCAAUCCAACACUUUCAACGACGAGUCCUGGCAUGAUACCUCGUCAAAAGUGAGUCGGAGCCGUCGCAUUCUUGCUGUGCGGCGCAACAUGACCCAGCAGCCCACUAUGAACAUGGACGACUUUGAGGAAGCCUCUUUCCUUCGCCGCCGUGAGGAGGUUGAUGCAGACUACGCCCGUAUGGACUGUGUUUAG